AUGGCACUAAACUUAUUUGACCAAUUCAUAAGCCCCACACACUUUGGUAUUCCACUUAUUGCAAUUGCACUCACCCUACCAUGAAUUCUAGUCCCAUCUCCAACUAACCGCUACCAAACCAACCGACUAAUUUCCUUACAAAAUUGAUUUAUCAAAACCUUUACACAACAACUACUAACACCACUAAAUAAAGGGGGACACAAAUGAGCCUUAAUCCUAACAUCCCUCAUAAUUUUUAUCCUUACACUGAAUAUUUUAGGACUACUACCAUAUACCUUUACUCCCACAACCCAACUAUCACUAAACAUAGGAUUAGCCGUACCACUAUGAUUAGCAACAGUAAUCAUCGGGCUACGAAACCAACCCACUGCCGCACUAGGACAUCUCCUACCAGAAGGAACCCCAACACCCCUAAUUCCAGUUUUAAUCAUUAUCGAAACAAUUAGCCUAUUUAUUCGACCACUAGCCCUAGGCGUACGGCUUACAGCAAACCUAACAGCCGGCCAUCUAUUAAUUCAAUUAAUUUCAACCGCUACAAUCACCCUACUACCAAUAAUAACCACAGUGGCAACUCUAACAGCAAUUCUAUUAGUACUACUGACAUUACUAGAAGUUGCAGUAGCCAUUAUUCAGGCUUACGUAUUUGUUCUACUAUUAAGCCUCUACCUACAAGAAAACGUCUAA